AUGCCCAUUUUCACUCUCCUCCUUGUCUCCGGAGCCUCGUUAGUCCAUCCGUUCAACGGAUUUGUAGAUCGGAUCUUCGAAGUUCAUUUGUCUGUCAGCCAAUAUGGAGCCGAACGAACGGACGAACUUGGAAGCUUGGCAAUCGUGCAACUGAGACUCUCUCAUUUGCUACAUUUCAUCAGCCCCGACGGGAGUCGAGACGACCUGUUGCGUGUCAUCUUCAUACAUUUCAUGUUGUCGAAUGGCGGCAAUCUGUACUUCUGCCUUCGGAUGCCCACCUCCUGCGUGUGUAAGUGGACGGACAGAACAGGUUUCGGACGUCCAGAAUUAGGGCCUCUGUCGACAAUUCAGUCGCUUGCUUCACUUCACCUCAUCACGGCCCUCGGCUGA